CACCUCAUAACCGAGGGAGGAACGUGCGGUGGAGCAGGUGAGAUAGAGGUGGAGAAAACGAGGUAUAGAGUCGCAGAACCUCGCCAGCACAGGAGUCAACAUCCUGCGGGCCUGGUCGAGUUGAUCCUGCCGAACGGGAGAGAAAGCGUCAGGAGGAGAAUCUUUUUUUUUUUUGUCAAGGGAGGGGAGGGGGGGGGGGGGUUGCAAAGUCGUGUGAUGUCGGUCGUGGGCUCGCAGCCUUUCAUGAAACCAAUGCAGGCUACACCUUCGGUUUCCCCCGGCAUGCAAAGGAGACACACGCUCCCCGCCAGCGAAGUCCGACCGCUCAACACGCAGGAUGCCAUAUGCGUCUUCGAGAUCGAGCGCGAAGCGUUUAUCUCCGUGUCAGGUGAGUGUCCCCUACACCUGGACGAGGUGCGUCAUUUCCUCACGCUGUGUCCAGAGCUGUCCAUGGGCUGGUUCGAGGAGGGCCGGCUGGUGGCUUUUAUCAUCGGCUCUCUCUGGGACAAGGACAGACUCACUGAAGACGCGCUGAUUCUCCACAAGCCGCGCGGCUCCACCGUCCACAUCCACAUCCUCGCGGUGCACCGCACCUUCCGGCAGCAGGGCAAAGGGCCCAUUCUCAUGUGGCGCUACCUGCAGUACCUGCGCUGUCUGCCCAACGUGCGCCGCGCAGUGCUCAUGUGCGAGGACUUCCUCAUUCCCUUCUACCACAAGUCGGGCUUCAAGGUGCUGGGCCGCUGCGCCAUCACCGUGGCCAACCUGACCUUCACGGAGAUGUGGUACCCGAUCAGCGGCCACGCGUACAUGCGGCGCAACAGCGAGGCGAUCCGCUUCCCUCAGCAUCCCUUGACUCUGCCGCUGGCGAAGACCGACGGACAUGUCGAUAUAUGAGCAAGCUCAGGAUGUCGGUCCGUGUGUUUUUAGGCGGCUGUCUUGCAUUAGUGUUGUUCUCUGUGGAGAGUGUGUCGGGUUUUUCUCUACUUGAGUGACUGCUGAUUGCUUUAUUGGAACCUUUUUUUUUCUCCCCUUCUAAUAUCAAACUGCGUCUGUGACAUUACUUUGCUGUGUGCAAUAAAAACAAGAACGUGCUAUACUGAAA